AUGACCCCGCCGGAGCAGCUCAGCCUGUACGUGAUGGAGGGCGUGCUCAUCAGCGUCCAAGGAGCCAACACGCUCUGGUCGGCGCUGAAGCAGCGUCUGCAUGUGUCGUACUCCAAGGCUCGCCAGCACAGUACAGCGUUCCUCAUGUACACGAUCAUGGACGUCUGCGUGAAUGAGCUGUCGCCGAUCUCGCACAUGUUCGGCGCCAAGCUCCUCAUGCUCGAGCGCCUGCUGUCUCUGGAUCCCCGGUACUUUGACAUGCGCCGCAUCGCAGGCUGCUCCAAGCAGAUCGAGGGGCUUCAGAUGCACUGCACGCCGAUGCGCGACGUCAUCUCCAAGCUGGUCGCGUCCGGCGACUACCAGGGCGAGACGCUGCAGUACCUCGUGGACGUGCAGGACCACCUCACCACCAUCGAAGAGGAGUGCGAGGCCAACCUCGACCGUUACGACGUGACGUACAUCCUGGCGCUCGUGGCAGCCAUUUUCCUGCCGGGCCAGUUCCUCACGGGCAUGUACGGCAUGAACUUCAAGUACAUCCCCGAGCAGAGGUACUACUACGGCUACUUCGUCUGGUGGGCCGUCAUGAUCCUCAUCGCGGAUCUCAUCGUGCUCUUCUUCAAGCUCAAAAACACGCGGCCGCUGCCGCUGGCGCACGCGGAGCUGGCGCUGGCUCCGUUCUUCAAGCGGCGCUUCCGCUCCUGGCACCUGGAGCACGUGCGGCUGGCGCUGCAGCGCUACCGGCUGCUCACGUUGCGCUGCUGCGUGGACGCGCUCCAGCUCAGUGCGAUCCUAGGCAUCAAGGAGAAGAAGCUCGUGGACGACGUCAUGCGCCUCUUCCUGCCGCGCACGCCGACGCGCGUGCAGUGCAUGGUGGACGCCAUGGAGGUGCUCAUCGCGCUCGUGCUCGUGUGCCAAGCCCCCGGCAUGCUGCAGCGCUUCGAACACUUGGAGGCGAAAGGGGCGAUCUCGACGACAGAUUUGAUCAUGUUAUGUGGGGCGGUGGGACGAGCUAUUAUGAAGCUGUUCGAGUACAAGGUUGAGCCGGAGCAGCAUGCUGCCAUGGCGUAUGUUACAGAGGUGUUGGAUGGGCUUGGCGUGGGUAGGAGUGGCUCGAUCGGGAAGGAAGCUCUUUGCAAGUUCAUGGUAUCCGACCGCUUUGCUGUUCAUUACGCCAAGCAGUGUACUGGCGAAGAAAGACGCAGAGUUUCUGGGGGCGAUUGA